AACGUCCAGCUCCCAGAGCCAGCAAUGUGUCCCACACCGUGGUUCUACGGCCUCUCAAGGCUGGGUACUUCAACUUCACCUCUGCCACCAUCACGUACCUGGCACAGGAGGGUGCCCAGGUGGUGGUUGGCUUCACCAGUGCUCCCGGGCAGGGAGGAAUCCUGGCUCAGCGUGACUUCGACAGGAGGUUCUCCCCUCACUUUCUGGACUGGGCUGCAUUUGGCGUGAUGACCUUGCCCUCCAUCGGGAUCCCCCUGCUGCUCUGGUACUCAAGCAAGAGGAAGUAUGACACCCCCAAGAGCAAAAAGAACUGAGCAGAGUCCAGUGCCAGCAGCAGCCCAGAGCUCGGGAAAGGACACCCCUGAAGCCCCAAGAGCAGCAGCUGGGUCGGGGUGGCACCGUCCCCUGCGAGGUGCUGCCUGCGCCGUGCUUCAGCCCUCUGGGCAAAGGAUUCGGUGGCUGCAGCAGCAGUUGUGAGGUGUCCUCUGUGUUCUAAUGGAGAAACAAGCAAAGAGAAAAAAGAACAACCAGAAGUCCCAAAGUGCCUUGUCCCCUCUGGAGGCAGAACCCCUCUCUCCUCUGCAGCCGCAGCAAUCUGAGCAGUGCAGCUUGUUACUGCCCAGGGGGGCCUGUCUGUGGGGCUCUGCCCCCUGGGCUGCCUCCAGCUCUCAUUUGCCUGCUGCACUUUUCUGCAGGGUAUUGUGAAAAACACGGUCACUCUCCUGUGAAAAUUUAAGAAGUUUAAUAAAGGACAGUAUCAGACAAGGA